CUAGCAAAAAGAUACCCGAGCUUGCUACUACGUAGAACAGCUUUGCGCAAAUGGGAGGUGUGCACGGUGUCUGCUACGGCAUGCUCGGCGACAACCUGCCCUCGCGCGCGGACGUGGUGCAGCUCUACAAGUCCAACAACAUCCAGGCAAUGCGCAUCUACUCCCCCGACCACGCCGCUCUCGACGCGCUCCGCGGCAGCGCCAUCGCCCUCAUCCUCGACGUCGGCGGCGUGGACGACGUCCGCAGCCUCGCCAGCAGCGCCUCCGCGGCCGCCGCCUGGGUGCAGGCCAACGUGCAGCCCUACGGCCGGGACGUCAUCAUCCGGUACAUCGCCGUCGGCAACGAGGUGCCCCCCGCCGACGCCGCGGGGAUCCUCCUCCCGGCCAUGCGGAACGUGCGCGACGCGCUCGUGUCGGCCGGCCUCGACGGCAUCAAGGUGUCGACGGCGGUCAGGAUGGACGUGUUCGCCAACACCUUCCCGCCCUCCAGCGGCGCGUUCGCGCAGGGCUACAUGGCGGACGUCGCGCGGUACCUGGCGAGCACCGGCGGGCCGCUGCUGGCCAACGUGUACCCCUACUUCGCCUACCGGGACAACCCGCGCGACAUCAGCCUCAACUACGCGACGUUCCGGCCGGGCACCACGGUGAGGGACGCCGGCAACGGGCUCACGUACACGAACCUGUUCGACGCCAUGGUGGAUGCCAUCUACGCGGCGCUGGAGAAGGCCGGCGCGCCCAGCGUCGGGGUCGUCGUGUCGGAGACCGGGUGGCCGUCCGCCGGCGGGUUCGGCGCGAGCGUGGAGAACGCGCGGGCGCACAACCAGGGCGUGAUCGACCACGUCCGGCGGGGCACGCCCAAGCGGCCCGGGGUGCUGGAGACGUACGUGUUCGCUAUGUUCAACGAGAACCGGAAGCCCGGAGAGGAGAUCGAGAGGCACUUUGGCUUGUUCAACCCGGACAAGUCGCCGGUAUACUCGAUUACCUUCCCAAAUUAACACGUCGGAUGAUAUGAUUAUCUUCAUAUAAAAAGAAGCACGAUAUAUAUAAGUGCUUCACUCCCUAUGUGCUGUAUAUAUACCACAUCAAAAAAUAAUGAGCACAUGUACCUUAUAGGUAUACCA